AUAGCACAACAACAAGCAAUAAUGAUGAUCCCAUUAAUAGAUGGCUCAAACAGGGAGAGUUAGCUAAACUAGAACAGGCAGUAUUGGAUGGUUAUGGCCAUCAGCUAACUGGCCGUACAUCACGUCUACCACAAGUCAACCGAUUUUUGAAACAGGUGCCAGAUUUUCAGGCAAAAAUUCAAGAAAUUCAUCGAUCAGUACAAUCAGGCAAUUAUCGUAGUGUUCAGCAUCUGAUUGAUCGCAAACGGUAUGCCUUUUGCAGGGAUCAGAUGGGAUCGACACCAUUGCAUAAGGCAGUCAUCUAUGGCCACAAUCUUAUUGUCGAUUAUCUAUUAGACAGAUACGGGUCGACAAUACACGCCAGAGAUCAUAGAGGCCGAACAGCACUACAUUAUUCAGCUGUUGUUGCCGACGGCGGACACAUUUAUAGACAACUAUUAGAAGCCGGAGCCGACACUAUGGCCACCGAUAUGUUUGGCAAAAAACCUGAAGACUAUUUAGCUGUAAAUCAGUCAGAAAUUUCGGCACAAGUACUACGUGAAGGUGCAAACUUUGGACCAAAUAGUAGGGCACCGGUAGCUCAACAACGGAGAAGCCGUAGACUCGAUAGAAAUAUUGAUCCGUCGUCAAUCAAAUUUUAUACAUCACGUUCACUAAUGCAUAGGAGUAACAUAAAAGAGCUGAUAAGACAGGGCAAUCUGUCGACACUGGAGGAAGUGGUACUCCAAGGGUUCGGCGACCGGCUAUUGGGCGAGACGUCUACAGCACCGUUAGUUCAAGAGUUUCUCGAUAAGCUACCGGAUUUUAUUGAUCAAAUCAAUGAGUUACAUCAUGCGGCCAUGAAGGGCAAUCUUAGAGAGUUUCAGGGACUAUUGGAUAGGAAAUCCAUGAUCACUGCCAGGGAUCAGAUCGGUGCCACACCGUUGCACAAGACUGUCCUCUACGGUCACUACGAGUUGGCCGAGUAUAUUGCAACCAACUUUCCCGUAACAUUGGACGCCAGAGAUAACGAUGGUCGGACAGCCCUACAUUAUGCCAGUGCUCUGGACGAUGACCGACAGUUUUACAAUAUGCUGGUCAAAGCCGGAGCUUCUACACUAUUACCUGAUCUGAAAGGCAAAAAUGCAGAUUUCUAUCUUAGAUUUCCUGAACAAAUCAAUUUACAGCAAAUCAUCAAACGAUCGCAGCGUCUGAACGCCAACUAUACCAUCAAUACUGCAAACCGUAUUAAAUCAAAGUCUCCGUCAAGAAGAAAAGAGAGAAGUCUAUCGCCGUCCUAUAGAUUAAAACGACCGUCGGAUGCGGCGGCAAACGGGAUCGGCAUCACUAACGGUAGGUCAGCAGCAGCAGCAGGAGGUGGUGCUGGCGGCGCCGGCAGUAGUAGUAGUAAUGGCGAUAAUACUAGUGAGGAAACACUGUCGGAAAAGUCUAGUACAGCAACAACCGGUGCUGAUACUGGCGAUACAAUCGGCGGCGGCGGCGGCCAGAAAGGCUACGGCCGAAAAACUGGCGGCGUUUCGUCACCAUCUGCGCCGCGACUGGACGUAUCAUCAGCUAAUCUGAAACGUUGGAUACAGGAAAACAAUAUCGAAAUGCUUGAGGGAGUAGUACUCGAAGGUUAUGGUAAUCGUCUGAAAGAAAAAGCCGAAUACUUUACCGAUGAUGACUCCGGCGACUCAAUGAUGUAUAUAACCGAAAUGGUACCGAAAAUGAUGAAUCAGAUUCGGGUGGUUCAUGCAGCCGUAUCGUGCGGUGAUCUGUCGGGAUUUAGGGACACACUAGAUGGUGGUGACAACCGGGACAACAACUAUGUACUGGCCAAAGAUCAUCUGGGUAUGGCACCCAUACAUAAGGCUACCAUUAUGGGCCAUAUGGAUGUGGUUGACUAUAUAUUGGAUAAGUUUCCCGAAACGGUUAACUGUAGGGAUAAAGAGGGCCGUACGGCACUGCACUAUGCGGCCGCUACGACCAAUCGAAACGGUAGUAAAAUCUAUAAAGUAUUGGUCAAAGCCGGCGCCGACCCGAGGAUUAGGGAUUCCUCUGGCAAAACUGCUGAAUACUAUAGAGUACAUCUGCUAUCGUUGCCCAACGAAUUAUCCCGUAUUAAUAGCCGCAAAAAACUUAACCCACUGGCCAAAUAUACGGCCGACACAUCAUCGGCGGCCAACAACACUGGCUAUCAGAUGGCAACAGGAGCUAUCGGACGCCGCCGACCAGUAUUGUUGGCCAAUACACAGGAACGUAUUGCCGGCGCACUGAAUGCUGGCGACAUCAAACAACUACAGGAGCUGGUACUCGAUGGCUACGGCGAUUCGCUAAUAGGUAGGACCUCCUGGGGCGAGGAGGCGCGUAAAUUCCUGAAAGGAUUGCCUCAUCUGAUGGAUCAGAUUAAGACAUUGCACGCAUCGGUUGGCAACAAUGACAUUGGUAAUAUUGAUCGUAUAUUAUCGGAUGACUCGACAUUGAUUAGGGCCAAGGAUGAGAAUGGACUACUGGCCAUACAUAUAGCUACUGCACAUAACCGGCCAGAGGUUGUCGACUAUCUUAUUACUAAUUAUCCCCAAUGUAUUCAACUUAAGGACAGUGUCGGACGGACAGCCUUACACAUAUCGGCCCAGAAUAAGUCGAUAGACAUCUAUAGAAAACUGGUCGACUCGGGCGGCGAUCCCAAAGUAAUGGACAAAAGUGGCAAAACGGCUGACCAUUAUUUUCGUCAGCAGACUAUACAAAACUAUGACUUUGUUUCGCCAAUCAAUGGCCGAAAAAUGACUGAACAGGACAUCAAUAUUAUUAGUAAUAAUAAUAAUAAUAAUAAUAGCAAUGGAUUUGUUGAACAACAAAAUAGUAUUAACCUAAGGAAGAAUAGUAAGCCAAGAGCUGCUGUCCAAACAAAAGCCAAUAACAACAACAAUAAGACUAAGUCUUCAACAAUCAGUGAUCCAAACAACGAUAACAAGACUACUACUGUAGAUGCAGUGAAUACCAAUGAUACAGACGAUAAUGACCUAAUCGAUGACAAUAAAAGUGUUGUUAACACCACUAAUAAUAAUAAUAAAUCAAAGAAAGUCGUUCCCAACAAUCGACAAUUGCCUCAAUUACAACACCAACCAUCACAACAACUACUACUGGAAGAUCAUCAGGGAUUAGAUGAUAGCAAUUCAGAUAAUACUACUAAUAAUAUAAAUACAGAUAUUAGUGAAACUACUAAUACCAUAACCACAGCAACAGCUAAUAAUAAUAAUAAUACUUCCACUUCUGAGUUAAGUAUAACCAGCAGUACAUCCAAUAGUAGUGAUGUAAUCACUGAAGUGUUUGUCGGCGGCAAUCAAUCCGUUGUCCAACAGGUCAUCAAUGAUAGUACAACAGCAACAGCAACAACGACAACAUCAGAGGCUACCGAUGCGGACAACAGUAGCGAAGAUAAUGAUGUCGUCAGCAAUUCAGAGAUGGAUGGCGACGUCGUUACCGAACAAGUGGUAAUCGAUGGUCAAGUUAUAGUCGACCAAGAAGUUGAUGAGCAACCAGUGCCUAUUGAUAGUAGUAGUAGUGGUAGUGAUAAUAGUGAAGAAGUCAAUAAUGAUUUAGUAAUUCAAUCAUCAAAUGACAAUGAAAUUCAAGAAGAAGAAGAAAAUGAAGAAAAAGUUUCAACAAUCAGUGAUAAUGAGAUUUCACAGCCAGAAGAACAACAAUCAGUAGUUAUUAAUGAAAACUCUGGAGAGUCGUCGUCGUCGUCGUCGACACUAAUAGAGGGAGAGAUCAAGACUGAUGGGGGAGGAGAGGGGGAGACGACAGCAACAAUUGAUGAGACGACGACUAUUAUUGAGGCACAGAAUGAAGAAGAAGAAGAAAAGGAGAAUCAGAUAAUUACUGAUAAAGAAAAUAAAGAUAAAGACAACAAUACCGAUGAUAAUGAAAUACAAAUGGAUAGUCAGUCAGAGGUGGCAAAUGAGGAGAAGGAGAAGGAGGAGGAGGACAGCAAGGAUGAGGUUAUAAAUGAUAGCCAACAACAACAAAGUGAUGGUCAAAGUGUUGAACAACAACAACAACGAGAGGAAGAGGAGGACAAUACUAAUAGACAAUCUAUAGAUAAGUCGGCGAUGCUUUCAUCAAGUGUUGUUGCAACAGAUGGUGAUAAUGAAGUUAAUGAACAAACAGUAGAUCAAACAGAAGUUUCCGAAACAAAUCCGUCCACCAAUAGGAAGACUGACGACGGAAGGAGAAGAUCGUCAUCGAAGGUCGGCGGCAACACUUCCCGACGAUCAUCCAGUGGUGCCGACUCUAAACAUAGUAGCGGCGGAUCGCGGCGUUCGUCCGGUGGUGGUUCGCGUCCGUCCAGUCAAGUGCGGCGACAGUCGUCGAAAAGUUCAAUCAAAUUGGACAGACAGUCGUCGAUUGCUGAACAGGUCGCAGAUGCCGACGACGACAAUAACAGUGGUGGUAAUGGUCCACAACUACAGGAGCUAACAGAAAAUCAGGAACAGAUCAUAGACAAUGCUAACAACGAUACGGAUGACAAAAAAAGUGGUCAAUCCAUAGUCGAUGAAUCAUUGGCACAACAACCGACAGAAGAUAGUGGUGAGACUGUUGCCGCCAACGACGAUACCGACACUACAGAUACCGGUGCUGUUGCUGAUGAUCAACAGUCAUCAGCUGUCGUCGAUAAUACUGAAACAACAACAACAGCUGAAGCAGUAGCUGAUGAAGAAUUAGUUGCAAAUAAUAAUAAUAACGAGACGACUAUCGAUCAAACAGAAGAUCAAGAGAGAGAAGCUAUUGAUAGCAACGAUGGAGAAGAAACACAACAGACCGUCACCACCACUACAGGUGAUGGUAUAUCAGAUGAAAACCAAUUGAUUAUGAAUGUCAACAACAAUGACAACAACGACGAUAAUAAUAAUAAUGAAGACGAAGAAGAAAACGAAGAAAAAACUAAUCAAAUCAUUGAUAAUAAUAAUAAUGACAGCAAAGUCAAUGCUGAUGAUGACAACCAAAACACCGGUAAUAAUAAUGGUGUGGACAAUGACACCACCACAGCAACAACAACACAACAACAACAACAAAUGAGAUCAACUAGUGGUGAUGGUGGUGGUGGUGGCAGCCGGUCGACUACCCCCGGGUUGGGUCGGGCUUAUAGCAGACAGAGCACUACAACCAUUGGUGGCACUAUUAAUCCACAAUCAGAUGAUCGUCUCAAUGAACUGAUUAGCCACUGGCUUAUGGAUGCCGAUCUGUUACGACUGGAACAUGUAGUUAUAGCCGGACAGGGAGAUCGGCUAAUUGGACGCAAAUCAAACAACAAUCGUGUACAGGAUUUUCUAGAUCUAGUACCCACUUAUAUGUCAAAAAUUAGGACAGUUCACGAUACAGUCAUACGGGGUAAUCUCAAUGAAGUCAAACAAGUUUUGACUAGAAAACGGUUUGCCCUGAGCCGGGAUCAUCUGGGUUCAAGUCCACUACACUUGUCGGUAUUGCACGGGCACCUGGAUGUUAUGCUAUAUAUUAUACAACAGUUUCCCGAAACAAUCAAUGGACCAGAUAAUGAGGGCCGCAUCCCUCUACACUAUGCAGCUAUAAUGAGUGAUCCAAACAAACAAUUUUAUAAACUAUUGUCUAAAGCGGGAGCCGACGCCUCCCUAACCGAUAAAGCCGGUCAUAACCCGGAAUACUAUUUGGAAACACCGGGAGUAUUGACUAUUAGGCAAUUGUUGGAAAAUUAUAUGCCGCCCGACGAUGAUAAAGCUAACGGUAGUGCCGAAGUAUGGCACCGACCGCCCACUGCCGACAUCGAGUCACGUCUGACCCCAACUCCAGACAACGGUACUGAUGCCGACUCGGAUACAUCGGUUGUCUAUAAUGUCAAUCGCGGUCAAGAAGUGGACGCCGAAGUUCAUGUCGAUGCCGACGAUAAUAAUAAUAAUAAUCGCCGAUCGGUUAGCCGAUCAGUAUCGCAGUCGUCGAUGACAAGUACUACUAACCGAGGAGGUGGUGGUGGCGGUGGUGAAGGAGAGGCUACUGAGUUGGCAGAGGAAGGGGAUGAAGACUUCGAGACAAUGUCUAACGAAUACCGAAAGUCGCUGAAAGAGGAGAAAGAAAGACUACAGAAGAGCUACGAAAGGCAAAUGUCUGGUUCGUCGACAACGUCAUCGUCGGCGGCAACGACAGCCACUACGGCAUCAGUGGUCAGUGUCAACGGUCGUGUCGUCGACAAUAUACAGAAGGCUCAGCCGCCCUACGAUGGCUCUAAUGGCGCUGCCGUUGGCGUAGCCAUUGCUAACGGCGCCAAUACGGCCGGCUAUGACUUGACUGAGAUUAAGGAUGAAAACGGACAGACAAUUAUGCACUUAUUGGCCGCUAAACCACAUCAGAGAACCGUAUUUUACAAAAUGCUAUCGCAAGCCGAGUAUCUGAUACCGGAAAGGGAUGCCAAAUAUAGGACAAUGCGUGACAUAACUGUGGAAAACGGUAUCAAAGAUAAUCUGCGGGCCAUCGACUUGUAUAUACUCGACUCGUUUGUCAAUGAAAACCGACAAUUCAUUAGAUCCCUAGCACUGGAAGGCUAUGAUAGCCUAUUGACUGUUGUCGAUGGCGAAGGACACGAUGUUAUGGCUAUACUUAAGAGACUACAUAAGCAGCGAAUGCAGGAAAUGGUCAAAGAUUUGGCACAAUUUCAGAAAAAUCGCGACGAAUUGCAUACAUUCAUACGGCACGGGUAUGUCGAAGGAGUGGACCAAUUGAUACAAUUGGACAGCAAUCUAGUGGUGGCUAAGAGUCAGCGGGGCAGACAUGCGCUGCACAUAUCGGUGCUGUUCGCCAAUCUGGACAUCAUUAGCUCGCUUAUCGAGUCAAACCCGCGGGCAGUCAACACACCCGAUCAUAUGGGUCGCACACCACUUCAUUACGCAAUGGCCAGCAGUCUAGUCGAAGAUAUUGGUCGAGUGCUGAUACGUGCCGGUGCUAAUAGACAGCUCCGGGAUGUGAAAAUGAGAACACCUAGCUACUAUUUUGUCUAUAAAAAUGAUAUUAAAGAGAUCAAAUUGGAGGAACAAAAUCUAACAAUUUGA